UAAAGAUAUAAAUCUCUAUUGUUUAUGACUUCACUUCCAUGUCUGUUUUAUUCUAAUACAGAAAGACGUAACAUGAUAUACAUGUUUUUGAGCCUGUUGAUCACGUAAUUUGAUAUUAACUUUCUCUUAUUGCCAUAUACUCUGUCAUCCGCAUGCUACCUGCUGCGUUCGUGCUCGCAUGAGUGACGUAUAUCACACUUUCCACCCUCUGCCACAACAGCUUGCCAUUUGUAGCUAAAAAGGUGUUGAUGGUGGGAGCCCGUGAUGCUGCUUCCUGUCUCCAUUGCACAACAGAAUUUCCCCUCUGCCCGCCCACUUUCAUUUUGUGCAGAAGCUGUGGGCUGUUUCACUUCAGUCUGUCCGAGUCUCUUGAUAGAGUCUGUUCUGCUCAAUGUAGACUGUAGCUUUCUCCAGCCACCCACACCGUUUGACCCCCGACUGAAUGUUUUAGAGUGGUAAUCUGACCUAGAGGACUGCAUCUAUUGGUCAUCACAACACAGCAAACCUAUGAAGGUGUUGAGUGGUCACGGCGUGUCUGUCGUCAAAUCGUUGACCCAAAGCAGCAUGGACGUAAUCAACAUGCCAGCCACAGAUGUUCCAGUGAAUACGGAACUCUCCCUUAGUCAGCAGACUAAAGCCAAUCAGACCAGCUUCUCCCACACUGGAAACAUCAACCAAAGGCGCUGGAAGAGCAUCUUCCGUCAAGUACAGAAAAAGAACAUAGAACAUCCCAAAAACACACUGUUUGGGCGACCCUUGUCUGAUGUCUGUCAAAAAGAUGGGUGUCCUCCCAUAGCAAUUAUGGAUAUCUUUACAUUGCUGCUGAGAAAUGGUCUGUACACUGAGGGGUUGUUCAGGAGGGCCGGCAAUGCCAGGGCUCUGAGAGAGAUCAAGGCGCAGCUCAACGAUGGGAUAGAAGUGGAUCUGAAAGAGCAGUCAGUCAUUUUGCUUGCUGAUCUUGUCAAGGAUUUUCUUAGACAACUGCCUGGCCGUUUGCUAAUGGUGGAGAAGUACAAAUCCUGGAUGACUGCAAUGGAAAAGGAAGGUCAAGAGCAGAAGUGUGCUGAACUUAAAAUGGUGAUCAACACACUUCCUGAGCCAAAUAUUCAGCUCUUGAAGCACUUUAUGGUUCUGCUCUACCACAUAAGUGAGAAUGCAGAUACAAACAAGAUGAGUUCCACCAAUCUGGCUACAUGUGUUUCCCCCAACUUGCUCCAAACAGACAACGUGGAAAAGAUGGAAGAGGUGACGAAACUGACUGAGUUUCUCAUUGACAACUGCCCUCAAAUGUUUGGUGAGGAUGCACUGACACUCUUUGGAGACUCUGAUGAAGAUGAACUCAGCGAUAACCAAGACUCUUUUUCUUCGCACCGUCAUGACUCUGCGUACGACAGUAAUGACCCUGAUGCAGACUCUAUCAAAUCCGGCACUGAAGAGAAAUCCCAGGAACAUUCCAGUGCAGAGGAACUUUGGACAAAAAAACUGACUCGCAGACGUUCAGAACCAGUAAUCAACCUCAUAGAGGGAGUUCAGCAGCACCUUGCCCUCUCCAGGAGCCAGACAGAAAUUGACUUUUAUGACAAACUCUUAACAAAGCAGAUCUCUGAUGACUGUGUUGUGGUUAGAGCAGGCAACAGCUUGGGGAAGAGCUAUGGGGCCAGGACAUCCUCUAAAGACUGCCCGUAUUGUUUUUCAAGCUCACUUGAGAGUUGUUUCUCCAGCGCUUCGGAGAGCUCUAUCCAUAACAGUCCUCUUAUUGUGCCUUUAUGCAAUCAGAGAAAAGCCCUUCAACGCAAACAUUCCUUCCCCUCCCGCCAAUCGGCACCUGCACCGAAUCGCUUGGAGACCCCCAAAAGACGCACGCAAUCCAUGAAGAGCGCACACAUCAGAAGCAGGACUGUCUUCGGGCGAAGCGGCUCCACCAAACGGGCCAUCGAGAGAGCCCUACGCCACAGCCAGACC